UUGGUAUUUAUCUCCCUUCGGUAUAGCUCUCCCGAAUACUUGUCGUCUGUUUCAAGAUGGCGGCUCCGGCAAGGGCAUUUGUUACUGCAGUAAGACCUCAUAUACCAGCAAUAAAGUUUCGUUAUGGAACAAACGUUCCAUCAACAGGAGCUACCGAUUCAUCAUUACAACCUAGACAGGCAGCCAUAUCUACUCCCUCUUCCUCAGCAGCACCAGCUGGUAAAUCUAUAGGCAAUACACCCAAAGGCUUUGGUAUAGAGGACAAGGACCUUCCCAGUCGCUACCAUAGGAAACCGCUAACAGAAGAAGAAAUGGAGUUCAUACAGGUAUAUUGAAUACAUUAAUGAAUAUCAA